AUGGCGACCUUGACAAGUGGCUCGGCAAAGGUGGGGGGAAGGCAGGUGGGGCAGGAAGUGUUUAAGAUUCGAGAAGAGGGCGCUCCAACAGCCUCUUUCUACGAGCUCGUCUCCAAUGGGGACCUGCACAAGUGGCUCAGUGCAGGUGGGGAGGAGGAGGAAGUUCAGGAGAAGCUGGGCCAGGGGUCACUGGAGGAAAUUGCAGACCCUCGCAUGGGCCCCGUCCCUCCAGACGCCCUGCAGCGCAUGGCUGAUCUGGCGGUGCGCUGCUGUGGCACCUUCACUGCAGAACGACCUUCCAUGGGGCGCAUUGCCCAGGAGAUGGAGGCGUUGCGGACUGAGGUGGGCGGUGCAGAGGAGCAGGUGCACAACAAGUCUUACAUGAAGGUGGAUGCUGAGCUCCGGGAGAAGAUGCUGUAUCAGAGUCAGAUUAGCGAGGACAAUUUGAACGACGUGCUCGCCUCGAUUCCCUCGGAGAGAGUAGCAGGAGGGACAUGGGGAGUAUGA